UAAAAUCGUUGCGCAGACGCGGCCAUUCAGUUGAAUUUUGGACUCGACAGACUUCGGAUCGAAGCUCCAACCGGGAUUUGCAGCUGGAUUUGGAUUUCUUUUUGGCCUGGGGAAUUGGAAACUGGACUGGACGCUGUCGCCUUGUUUCAUAAUACGUUGUUUUGCAAUUUCCCCUUCACCUCGUAAAAAGAACAUAAAGCGAAAUCGAAAUGACGCUGCAACAUGUGAGGAUUCAUCUUGUGCUGCUCCUUUUGAUCAUGAUGCAGUGCAUCGCCGGCACGCCCAUCGCUCCUGCCACGCCCGACGGCGCCACGCCCAUCGACGCACGCGUCUCGGCCGCCGAUUUUGGAGCCCAGGACGCCUUUGAUGCCGCCGACAGCUCCGCCGAAUCCACACAGGCGGAGGCCAGCGAAGCGGGGUUCAAGAUAUCCUUACUGCCAACUCCGGCAAAAACGGCGGAGUCGGUGAAUCUGGAGCAGGAGGCCAUUCCCUCAAAAGUGCUGAGCGUGUACGACAAUAGCCAGAAGAAGCUGGCCGAUCUGGCCCAGCCCGUUCCCAUUUUGGACUCGAUCAGUGAGCACGAAAAGUACGGCAACAAUGGCGACAUGUUCGACGGCAUCUCGCGAUCCAUUGUUAACGGUUACGAGGCCUUUUCCAACCUGCUCAACACCUUCAUACAGAAACCGAAAGAGUUGGCGCGCAGCGUUACGAAGGGAAUUACAGCCCAAUUGGAUAUUAUCGGUGGCAAAUUGGUGGGCCUCUAACGGUUUUGCACCACCCACUCACUACAACUUCUUUUUGAUUGUAAUUUAAAUAAAUACUUUAAUUUAUUUGUAACUUAACACGAACAUGUUGUGUAGGAAUGUAUUUCGAUAUAAAUAUAAAUAUGUAUGUAUAAAUAAAAUAAUCAUACUCAUAGUAAUAAUAAUAUUUGCUUUAACUAUCUGCUCCCCCUUCCUCCUCUUCGUCUUCUGGGUUUUGUUGCUUUACGGGCAGUUGCGGUUUCUGCUAUAUCGAAUACUACAAAGUUCCAUAAAAUAACAUAAGUAGAAUUGUAUAAUUAUGUAUAAAUAUAUAGUUGAUAUAUUGAUUUAGUUAAAGGGUUACGAGCAUAAUUGGGCUCAAAAGCCCGGUAAACACUUUUUUUUUGGGUAUUACUGGCACAGUGAUUUGUUAACUUCUUGCCUGAUAAGUAUUGUACGCACUGUACCCAGUUUAAUGUGUGUUUCGGGGUCUUGGGCCAUAUACUAUACUACUAGAGAGCACAUCACAAUAUGGAUACACCGCUAACUAAACAUCUCUGUAUAUCUGUGAUUGUUUCAUUGGGUACAUUAUGCCCUGUUCACACUGUCUUUAAUGUAAACACGACAUUUUAGCGCCCUUAAAUUUUGUUCGAUAUGUCUUCGCCUACAGAUUACAACAAAAAAACAAAAAAAUACACUUUCAAUUAAAUUAAUUUUUGGCACAUUUCGCAGAAU